GAUGCCUGCGUGCCGCCUCUGCGUUCCUUUCCUCCCAAUUGCAAGCAGACCUGGUCGGUAACCUACUUUCAUGGAAACGAAUCUCAAGCCACCCUUUCAGGACCACAUUUCCCGGCCAUAGCUACUCCACCACGUCUCUUUGAAAAGCUCACGCCAAAAGCUCUCCUGAUUCCUGAAUCCCACUCCAAAGAUUCUUCAUUUGCUUAGUCGGUCAAAAAGCCUAACUUUACAGCUCGGCUUCACGUCAUCGACUCUCAUGAAACCUAUAAGAGGAGACCUCACCUCUUCGUCAUCAUCAGACCAAGAGCUUUAAAGAAUCACUGUGAAUAAAAGUAUGGCAAGUGAAAGAGCAGAGCAAGCAGCCAUGGCCAGCAAUAGAAAGAUCUCCUCCAAUACCAGCUCACCAUCCUCACUAUCUCCAGCGCCACCGACGGCGACUGAGCGGCCGCAGGAGAAGAGAAAGCCGGGAGGGUCUAGGGCUGGUUUGUGGAUGAAGAGAAUGGAUAUGGCCGAGGAAGACAUAGAUGCCAGUGCGGAGCAGUUCAUUAAGAGGUUCAGAGAGGACCUAUUGCUUCAGCGGCUUCAGUCGAUUGAGAAUUACAAGCAGAUGCUUGCAAGAGGAGUCUGAUAUAUCUUGCUUGCUUGCUUGCCUUUUUCUUUUGGUGGUCUAUGGAUUCUUUGUUAUAUGUAACUGAAUUUUUCUUUUUUAAGGGUGAGUGAUCUUACGAAACUGGUGUGCAAGUUGUGUGUUUGUGACCGUUAAUGGCUUCCUUGUCUGUGAGUUUGGUGUAUGAAGGAAAUAUUGGUGUGUUGCUUGCAUUUAUUGAUUCUCUGCUUGCAUUAAUUGUAAGCCUGAGCUUCGAAUAAUGAGAUUACUUUUUAUUUG